UUACGAAAAUUUAUUUACCGCCUUUCGAGAUUCACUUCUACUUCCACCCUCGAAGAUACUUACACUAUGUCUCGAGGAUUCUUUUUUUUUUUUUUUCGACAACCACCUCCACAUGAAUAAAAUAUCGAGAGCUUAAUAUUUGAAAAACAAAACUACAGAUUGAAAAUUAAAUAUUUGUUUAUAUAAAAGCUUGGUUUGGUUAACAUUCAAAAGAGACAUAUUAUUAAUUAGUCAACUUAUUUUCGAUUAAUUUAAUUGCUGAAAAUACAUUAAAAUAUAAAAAAAUUAAAAUACAAAUAAGACUAUUAUCAUUUGCAUAUACUUCCAUAAAAACAUUUUCAUUUCCCCGCCCAAUAUUAAAACUCAAAAACUAACACGACCAUCGCCGCCGCGAUUCCGCCGGACCGCCGCACUAACGCGCCGCCGUCGCCGCCUCAGUCACCACCAUGGAAGACGAUGACCAGAGAGUGGUAGAUCUAGUCAAAGAGCUAGUGCAUCGCUUACUGUACACCUCCCCACACCCCAACCCUCAAAACCCUAGCGCCUCCUCCUUCACCCAGCAAGAGUACAAUCAAUCCCUCAAAUACUCCCUCCGGAUAUUAUCCAGCCGCAUGACGCCAUCAAUUGCGGCGGAUGACUCUGCUAUGGCGGAGUCUAUCAAACGGCGUCUCGCCACCGCUGGUAAGUCCUCCGAAGCCCUAACUUUUGCGGAUCUCUACGCUAAAUUCUCGCUUAAAGAUGGACCCGGAAGCGUGAAAAACAAGUGGGCUGUGCUUUAUUUGCUGAAGACUAUAUCCGAGGAUCGGAAAGUAAGGAAAAAUCAGUCGCCCAAUGUUAUCUCUAAUGGGUUUCUGGAUUCUGCUUUGUCUGGAGGGUUGCCCACACUGUUUGAGAGUGAUGGGAUUAACGGGGGUUUUGGGAAUUCUAGUAGGAAUUCCAAUGUUGGAGGUUUUAAAUCUGAAGAUGUGGGGAAUUCAAGGGGUUUUAGUAAUUUGGAGAAAUUAGAGAAAAAUCGAGGCGACUGGAAUUUAGUCAGUGGUUCAGAUAGUUUGAGUGAAAAUAUGAAGAAAUUGAAGGGUUUAGGGGACAGUUCAAGAAGCUUGAGGGCAAGGGAGCAUGUCGAGAAUCGUUACAACGGAGGCAUAUUGAUGGUAUCAAAGGACCCUGAAAAUAUUCGUGAUAUCGCAUAUAGGGAAUUUGCAGACUUGAUAAAAGAAGAAAACGAGGUUUCGGAGGUGGUUUUGGUGAGAGAUGUGCUGUAUGCCUGUCAAGGGAUUGAUGGCAAGUAUGUCAAGUUCGAUGUAAUGGCAGAUGCGUAUGCGCUUCCCGAAUUGACUAAGGUGCCAAGAGCUACUAAGAUUAUGAUCCGUAAGCUCUGCGAGCUUGGCUGGCUGUUUAGGAAAGUGAAGGGUUAUAUAACCGAAAGUAUGGAUCAGUUAUCAGCUGAGGAUGUAGGGACUGUUGGGCAGGCAUUUUGUGCUGCAUUACAAGACGAAUUUUCGGAUUAUUACAAGCUACUAGCUGUGCUCGAAGCCCAAGCCAUGAAUCCAAUUCCUUUAGUUUCGGAACACGCAAGCUCGAGUAAUUAUUUGUCAUUAAGGCGACUGUCCGUUUGGUUUUCCGAACCUAUGGUGAAGAUGAGGCUUAUGGCUGUCUUGGUUGACAGCUGUAAGGUCUUGAAAGGUGGGGCCAUGGCGGGGGCAAUUCACAUGCACGCACAACAUGGUGACCCCCUCGUGCACGAUUUUAUGAAUAAGCUACUUCGUAGAGUUUGUUCCCCGCUUUUCGAAAUGGUGAGGAGUUGGGUUUUGGAAGGUGAGCUCGAUGAUUUAUUUUCGGAGUUCUUUGUAUUGAGUCAACCUGUGAAAGCAGAGUCUCUUUGGAGAGAAGGCUAUCGGCUCCAUUCAGCGAUGCUUCCCUCUUUCAUCUCUCAAUCUCUGGCUCAACGCAUUUUAAGGACUGGGAAGUCAAUUAAUUUCCUUCGUGUUUGUUGCGAGGAUCGAGGUUGGGCAGAUGCUGCAACAGAAGCAGCUGCUGCAGCUGGGACCAGUACUGGGAGAGGUGGUCUCGGAUAUGGUGAGACUGACGCGCUUGAAUCUUUAGUUGCAGAAGCCGCAAAAAGGAUAGAUAAGCAUUUACUGGAAGUAGUUUACAAACAGUACAAGUUUAAGGAGCAUUGCCUUGCAAUCAAGAGAUAUUUACUACUCGGGCAGGGUGAUUUCGUUCAAUACUUAAUGGAUAUUGUGGGCCCGGAGCUGUCCGAAGCUGCCAACACUAUAAGCACAUUCAAGCUUGCUGGUUUAUUGGAAAGUGCAAUUAGAUCAUCGAACGCACAGUACGAUGAUCCUGAUAUACUUGAUAGGCUGAGGGUGAAAAUGAUGCCACAUAAUACAGGGGAUAGAGGGUGGGAUGUGUUUUCCUUGGAUUACGAUGCUAGAGUUCCACUAAAUACUGUUUUUACUGAAUCUGUUAUGUCUAGGUAUUUGAGAAUCUUUAAUUUUUUGUGGAAGCUUAGAAGGGUGGAGCACGGACUAAUUGGUGUUUGGAAAACCAUGAAACCGAACUGUGUCACUUCUCGUUUUUUCGCUAAGUUGCCGCAAGCUGUGAAAUUGCAGUUGAUAUUGACAUCAAGGAAAUGUCAAGUUCUUUGGGAUGAGAUGAAUCAUUUUGUUUCGAAUCUGCAGUACUAUAUCAUGUUUGAAGUCUUGGAGGUGUCGUGGUCUAAUUUAUCCAAGGAAUUGGAAGCAGCUAAAGAUCUUGAUGACCUACUAGGAGCACACGAGAAGUACCUACAUUCAAUUCUUGAAAAGUCUCUCCUUGGGGAGCGGUCCCAAAAUCUCAAUAAGACACUCUUUACUUUAUUCGAUGUCAUAUUGCGCUUUCGAAGUCAUGCAGAUCGACUAUAUGAAGGCAUAUAUGAGUUGCAAUCGAGAACUACGGACUCUUCUUCUCGAGAUAAAGCCAGAGUGCAGAGGCCAAGUAAGACAUCAUCAGAAUCCGGGUCGUGGCUUGGUGAAGGCAGAAAAGACCUAACAAGACGCGCAGGGGAAUUUCUUCGAAAUAUGGGACAAGAUAUAGAAGCAAUUGGAAAGGAAUAUUCCUCUAUUUUCGAGGGUUUUAUUUCGCAACUCCCCAUACAGCAGCAUGUUGAUUUGAAGUUCCUAAUGUUUCGACUGGAUUUCACCGAGUUCUACACCCAAUUGAGACCCAGCACUGGUGGGAAGCUUUUCUUGUAGAAGAUGUUUCAGUCUGUCUAUGGUGCACGCGUGUGAACCAAUAAUGUGUCUUGUGCUAGCUUGCAUUGGCCUUUCUUGUAUAGUGUUUUUUUCUUUUUCUUUUUCAGGAAGGCUUUUAUUUUGAAAACGCACUCUGCUUGAGUUUUAAAAACGAGGGAGCUGAAGGUAUGAUCCUAUUGCCAAGUUAUUGUGCCGUAUUUUAGUUAGUGUGUAUUUUAUUGUGUUUGUCUUGAUGCUUGUUUUGCUUAUGUUUUAUAGCGGUCCUAAGAGAAGUUAUAGUAGGUGUUUGCUCUGUUGAUUUCUCAUUUAUUCUAGUAAGAAACGAUCCAACCGAUUCUUGUAUUGACUUAUAAGUGAUGAAUGAUUUAUUUAUAUUAUUAUAUCAGU